CGAAUUGGGUUCGAAAGACGUCUAAUUAAAUUUGUAGUAUUUUUAUAUUUGUCCCCGCUUUCGCGAAAGUGCUCUAUCACCUAUUCCUAUGUCUGCGACUCAGAUGCGUUGCAUUGAAAUUUAAUUUAAUAAUUCAGAGAAACGCUUAAUAACAACAUUGACUUCUAUUCGCAUCCAGUAUGUGGAGCAGCGUUUAGCAAGUGGCAUUUAGGUGGGAAAUGUGACUUGGAUCGUGAGAUACAAACGGAAUAUGAAUCAAUGCCAAAACUGUCGCAUAAAUUUUCUACAUUCGCAGAGACAAAGUUCAAGUUAAAUUUUAUCUUUUUUUCCCACAUCCUCGGGUAUCGAUAUCUCUUCUGCCUAUUCAAAACACUCCCGGGAUGCACCUGCACCCACGAGUCUCGUAUGCGGUGGCGCCGUUGGAGCGACGUAGCGGCAAAUAUGCGAGGCCGUCGAAAGGGCAAUACGUUCGUCUGUUCCCGCUGCCGUUCGUGUGCGGCGGUCAGAGACACACGAGCUUACUGACUGCGAUGGAAGGGGGAGUGCGCGAUAAGCGCCGGCGUGGGUGCGACGAGGAGCGAGAAUGGCCGAAUGCACUCGGCGACGAGUGAGACAAGGAGGAGACGACGAUCGAGCAGCGACGCGCGACGAAGAUGGACGUCGCGAGUGGAAUAAAGAUGGCGCAUCACGUUCGCGGUGGAGGGAGGCAGCGACGUUCUUGCGGUGUGUGCGACGAGGAGGGAAGGGAGAGGAGGAUGAGAAGAGAUAGAGCGAGCGAGCGAGUGAGCGGGAGAGAAAGAGAGAGAGAGGAUUGCCAGGCGCGCACACGGCAAUCCACGUUCGGUGGCAUGUCUCAAACACUCGGCAUGUUCGUAGCUGACGCGAGGUGGUGGUAUCGUUGGAAAGAAGAAAAUCGUCCGCCGCGCGUAUUACCGUGAAACCUGGUGUACGUUAUAACCCCGUGAAACUGUGCGCGAGGACAGGAAUAAUCUGUAAACAGAACGGUGAGUGAUCGUUGGUGCUAUUUUCUCUCACUUCCGAUCGUCUUUCUCGACGAGGUUUCGUGGGACCGUUCGGCGGUGUCAUCUUCGCGAUGCAUGAAGAGUGGUCGUACUCUCAUCGUCGUGGCCGUGGUCGUGGUGGUGGUGGUCGUCGUUGACUCGUCCAGUCGAGAUUUAACGUGGAGGAAGCAGGAAGACGUAGGAAAAAGAGCAAACGGCGGGUCAUCGUUUCACGGUGCCGUUCGUUUGUGCGCGGGGAAAAGCCGCCGAGCGUCGAGAGGGAGGGCGUCGGGUUCCCACAUUCCUGCGUGCGAAAAACGUCAAGAUCCGCUGCUCGGCAUUAGCAUUACAGCCGCGGCUAAUGCAACGGGGAAAAGAGAACACGGUGAAACGUGCUCCGCCGCCGUACGAAGUCGGCGAUAGCGCGCGUCGCUCGAAACAGGUCGCGGGCUGUCGCUGCCGUUCCGCCUCCGCUACCGUCGCUGCCGUCGUCGCUGCCACGGGAGACACGACGUUGUUGUAACGUGCGACAGCAAUAUCACAAAGUGACGUUCACGCAGGCAGCAUUCUUCACGACGAGUGCUCGCGAGAUCUGUGAAGUUUGCCGAGGAAGAUCUGCCCGUGCGGUUAUCGAGCGCGAUACGCGACGGUGCGAGAACCAGUUUAAAGUUGGAGCGCGCGCAGUGUGAACGCAGGAGGAGAGCUUCGACGCGAUAUAACCCCAAGGAGGGCGAAUAUACCGAGGGUGGGGGAGGGGGGAGUGAAGCGAGUUGUGCGAACGAUUAAUCGUCGUCCUCGCGAGGACGAGGACGAGGGGGAAAAAAAAAUCCAAGUGUGAAGGAAGUGGGGGAAGUGUUUUGUGAGCGCGAAAUCGUGUCAAACGUCGUCGUCGCGAAGAUUCCCGGAGAUUCGGCCGGCGAGAGAGAUCCGCGAGUGUGCGCGCGAGUGUGUCGAAACGAAACCGAGGGAAACAAGAGGGAAAUAAGGAAAUGCCGAGGUGAGGAAGGCACGGGAAAGGUGGUGGUGAUGAUACGUGAAGUGUGCGCGAUCGAUGCACCCGUGCGAGCGCAACAUAACGACACUGUCCGCCGUUGCCGCUGCUGUUGCCGUCGCCGCCGCCGCGCCGCUCGCCGCCUCGGGCUGCUCCUCGACAGCCGGCUAUGUUAACGGUGGAAUUCCGCUUGAGAGGAAUCUGAAGGCGGGGACUCUGACGUCACUACGCUCAUGAUAAUGAGGUAUUCAUGAUGGCGGAGUAGUGCGCGCGAGCCAGAGACAGCGAGAGAGAGAGAAAGAAAAGCGAGAAAGAGAGAGAGAGCGAAGAAGAACGCGCACGACAUACGCGCGCGUAUGCCUCUGCUCGCCGCGCCUGGUAUGUGUAUGGCUGUGUACAUGUGUGCAAUACGUUUUUCCGCUGUCUCGGUUGCUCCACCGGAAUCAUUGCCGCACGCCGUCUCGCUCGCUCUUCGUUCCCCUUCCACCUGCCCUCCUCAGAUCGAGUGCCUGUUCCUCUGUCCGCCGUCGUACCUUCUUUCCAUUCCACUCUAUUUAUCCGUCUGUCUCAGUCUCGCCUGUUCCUCGCAUCGGUCGAGAGACGGUGUUGUAUAUGCGGCCCAAGGAGCAGCGUGCGUCCACGCGCACGAAUAUGCGCCCGUCGACCGCACGGCGAUAGAGAAAGAGGUUUUGGAUGGAUUUAGAGCGCAGUAAAAUAUGCCAAGGAGACGGAAUGGGGAGAUACCGCUUCCGGAAGGGUGGGACGUCGCCCAGGACUUCGACGGGAAGGUGUAUUUCAUCGAUCACAACACGCGGAAAACUACGUGGAUCGAUCCCCGAGAUAGGUUUACUAAACCCCAGACGUUCGCGGAUUGUAUCGGAAACGAGCUCCCUCUCGGCUGGGAGGAGGCCUACGAUAAACACGUGGGCGCCUACUACAUCAAUCAUGUCAAUCAGACAACGCAACUGGAAGAUCCAAGGCAAGAAUGGCGAGCUAUUCAAGAGGCCAUGCUUCGCGAAUAUCUGCAGACCGCACAGGACGUACUCGAGGCGAAGAAGGAGAUCUAUGACGUGAAACAACAGAGGCUCUGUCUGGCGCAAGAUGAAUACAAUCAUCUCAAUAACGCCUUGACGACUCUUGGCGCAUCGCGUACAAGUUUAUGCUCCAGCUCGAGUUCCUUGAGUACCAAAUACGACCCUGACCUUCUUAAAUCCGACGUGGCACUCGCCAGAAGCCGAGUAUCUCGAUUAAAACGAGAACUCGAGCAGAUACGUGCAGAGAUGAAUUGCACACAACGUGGAGUGGAUACUCUCGCCAGUGUGGAGCAAAAGUUGAAUGGCCAUCAUGGUGGUUGCUACAACAUUACGGAGGCACAGGCAAUCAUGGCGGAACUCCGUAACAUUCAAAAAUCUUUAAGCUCCGGUGAGAGAGAGAAGGCUGAGCUGAUGCAGUCAUUGGCGCAGCUCAAGGAUGAACUAACAAGGUUGCAGCUGUGCGAGGGCAGUCCUGAAGCCAGCACGCUCAGUUUGCCGCAGGAGAAGCUCAGCACGGCCUCCCAGACCGAUCUCUCGGGUGAGCUCGUGCCAAUCGGGACUCGAUUGGCCGAGAUGGCGCGUAUGAGGUUGCAGUACGAUGAAGCAAGGAAACGUAUCCAGCACAUUCAGCAACAGCUAGCAGAUCUCGAGGAAAAAGUAAUGCCGGGUCAGACCGAGAGUGAUAAGGACAAGCUGUUGCUGUUUCAAGAAAAAGAGCAGUUACUGAGAGAACUGCGAAGCAUCACGCGGACAAGACCGCAGCAGGACAUGAAGAAGAUCCAGUGUGAGAUUCGCAGGCUAGAACAAGACCUCCAUAACGCGCUGGAGAUGUCGAACAAGACAAUUACCGAUCGUGUGCGAUUACACGAGGAAAAACAGUUGUUACUGCAACAGCUCAGAGAUGCUUUACGCUCAAUGGCGAUGCUUGAAGGUCAGCUGAAGACGUUGAGUGCCAGUACGUUAUCAGUGAGCAGCAGCUCAAGUCUCGGCAGUCUCAGCACUACCAGCAGCAAGGGUUCCCUCAGCUCCGGCCUGAGCUUCACGGACAUAUACGGCGGUCCGCAAUGUCUAGGCUCGGCUAGUUCCCAGCAAGAACGACCGGUCGAUAUGGUGGAUCUACAUAGACGUGUCGAGAGAUUGCUACGCGGUUCGGAACAGAGUAAUCUCGUCGGCACACCUUCGCCUGGCAGAUCGCAGCCCAGUCUCUCACCACGGUCCAGUCUGUCCAGCGUGAGCCCGCCGGUGUCACCGUUGUACGAAAAUGCGCCGAUGGGCCCGCCGCCAGCCUACGAACAAGUAGAGCUGCAAAGGAGACAGCAGCACCAGAGAGCGGCACCCGCGGUCACGACGACGUGCAACAGCAGUGGUAGCAAUAGCGGCACCGCGCUGCAUCUGGAUGAAAAUCAGCUGGAGGAUCGUUUGACGGAACUCAGACUCAGCCAGCAACAAGGAGCGCCGCUGCAACAGGAACAGUCAUGUUCCAAUUCGCAAGAUCGGUUGAAGCUCGUAGUCGGUCCUCAUCCACCCGUGGAACUGCAAUCGAGCAACAUGUCGCAGGGUAGUGGCCUGGGCAGGCCUGGCGUGCAACUGCCGCCCCUGCCACAGGAGCCACCCCCGUUGUCCCCGAUUAGCGAGACGCCCCCACCAACGGGAAUUAGAUCGAGAGCCAGCAGUUCUGGAACUAACACGAGGUCCGUUUCCGCUGCGGUCUCCGACGAGAGCGUUGCCGGCGACUCUGGCGUCUUCGAAGCGUCUAAUCGGAAAAGACUGUCCGGUUUCAUCCCCGACGUUGAUCCACUAACUUCUGGCGAGAUAAAUCUGGAAACGGCGCAGGUGCAGAUCAAACUAAGGUAUUCAGUGAGCGAUGGAUUGCUUCACGUUGGUAUCGAACGCGCGAGGAACCUGGCUGCGCUUUUCAUACCGAAUAACGCGCAAGUAUACAUCAAAGCCGCCCUGCUGCCGAUGCAACCACCCGUAAAUUACAUGUGCUGUACGAAACCCGUGGUGGAUUUGCGAAAACCAACCUUUGGUGAAACCUUCCCAAUCGCUGUCCCGCUCAACAAGUUGUACACAAAGACGCUGCAAGUAAACGUUUGGUGCAUGGGCAAUGAGUCCGAAGAGUGCUUAGGUUCUGCGCAAGUCUCGCUCGCAGACUUCAGUCCAGAAUCUCCUAGCGUGAAAUGGUACAAUAUACUAUCCUUCCGCUUCAUGCAACCGUCCGACAGUCCUAGCACCAGUACCAGCAACAGCGCUUGCACGAGCAUCGUCAAGCAGACUAAACACGAUAAGCAAGAGUCAGACAUCUCGGUGUACAGGAAUGUGCAGAACACAAAGGAAGAGAGCAGCGACGAGAGUACGAUAAUCAGUUCUCAAACAUCUACCUUGACGAGGAAUCAGGGCUGCGAUGAGCUGCAGACAGCUGUAUCGCUGCGACUGGAGGAACUGGCUAAUUGUCUCGGAAGUCCGGAAGAGGAAGACGAGGAUGGAGGUAGCGAAAGCGGGACCGAGGAUAGUGACGAAGAGGGUAUCAUCGUCGAAUUUAUGAUGGAGGAUAACGUUCUCGAAGAUGUUAUAGAGCACGAGGAGGACGAAGAACUAAACGAGGAAACGAGGCAAACGCAAGACAAAGAAACGAAUACCGAGUGCGUGUUCAUACCGGAGCAGGGAAAGCAGAGAAAACUUUCCGCGGCUGGCAUCGCGCCCGGUGCUGUUCACGAUGACAAGAAUUCUAUCGUGAUCAAGAGAAGUCAAACGUUCUCACCAAGUGCCGCUGUCAGCAAAAAUCAUUACAUCUGUCGGCUUAAUCGCAGUGAUAGCGACAGCAGUAUGCCACUCUAUCGCAGAGGUGGACCUUUUCAACGGAACUCAGUGGAGAGACGUUCCCUUCGAUGGCGUCGACCGUCCUCCGCCCUCAGUUGCAAAACCACUUCGAAAAAAUCGUCCCAUUUGCCACCCACAGCGAGGACAUCGUUGGAUCUCGAAUUAGAUCUCCAAGCGCAACACGCCAGACUAAAUAAUCUUCAAGAUGAACUUAGCAGAUUACGAGAGCUGAAACAGCGAUUGGAACAAGCUCGUGAGAAAGGUGACACUGAUUUAGCGACUUGGGUGUUGGAAGAUCAGAGGUUCCAGAACCUCAUGGCGCAGGCCGAAAGUGGCAGGAACGGCAAAAGCGCCGAAGAUAAAAAAGUGGAAAAAAUGCUGAAGAAAACUUCGAAAGAAAUUUACAAGUUGAGGAAAACGAAGGCUGGAAAGGGAAAACCCGAUAUAAUCUCCUUCAAAGAAAAAAUGGCUUUCUUCACACGCGUGAAUCUGAACGUUCCUGUUUUGCCACCCGAGGACCCCGGGACCGAUGUUUCAUGUUCCGCACCGUCGCAUACGCACAAGAGGUACUUGUCGGAGCCUGUUACCAGCGUUCAUGGCGUUGCGGGUUCGACGACACGGCCGAACAGCGUUCCCGGAGGAAGUACAACAUUCGUGAAGAAUACCGGUGCGACUACAGAACGGAGUACCAUCGCUAGAAGCGCGGAAGACGAAACGACGACAGCGACCAAUGCCAAUGACAAGCUCACGAACGCGAAGAAUUGGCCGGUGGCAGAGUCAAGCGAGCAGAACGCGGAGAACGACACGAGCGAGGCAUCGAACAAGUCUGCCGAGAAAACCGGUGAGAAGAACGGCAACGAGGAGCCAAAGAGAUACGAGUACGUCGUCGACAGAGUCCUCGGUGUGGAGAGCGAACCGCCAUGUGGAAUGCAAGACGAUAGUAGGCUGGGUGUCACCGUUGCACUCGGUAGUCCUGGUUGCUCUGGAGCAUCAGGAACUGGUGCUCCUUCAAGGGGGUCGCCGUUCUUUGAGUAUAAGUUUUCCAAAUAUCUGCAGUCCGACAAGUCCUCCACGGGGAAGAUGGAGGAAGCGAAAUUGGACGAGAAGAAAAAGGAGGCUCAAGAAAAGCAGAAGAAGAUACUCGAGUUAGAGGACAAACUCAGGAAGUUCUCUCAGAUGGAGUCCCAUGUGGAGGAGAAAACGAGAAAAUUGGAAGCCUCCAAUAAGGAGAGGGACAUACUCGAGAAAGAACUGAAAUCCACACGGUCAGAAUUGUCAGGCGUCAAAAGGACGUUAGAAUUAGAAUGGCAGGAGAGAAGAGACUUGGAAACUAAAGCGCUUGGAUUGAUGAGGGACGCUAAACGUAAAUGGGAGAAUGCUGAGAAAGAAAAAGUUGCACAAUUAAAUAAGCACAUCGAGGCACAAACCACGAAAAUUACAGAGCUGUGCGCUAGUAACAACGAGAUGAGCUCACGUCUGCAGAGAACAGAAUGCGAAUUGCAAACUGCAAAUGCAGAAUUGGAGAAAUUACGUGUGUUUCAAGCACAGUACAAGGAGUCCUUGGCAAAAACGCGCGAAUUAAAUAGACAAAGUGUUCAAGGUGUCGAAAUAAAAUUAGAGGAGAUAGCUGCGCGUGCUCAUAAUCAGUUGACUGAUUUACGGGCGAAAUUGGACUUUGAAACGGCAAAGAACGCAGAUCUCGAAAUGAGGCUACGAAAUGAGCAGGACUCGAACCACUGUCGCGAGUCGAGGUUAAAUGUCGCUCUCGAGCUCGCUCAGAAUGAAUUGAAGGACUGUCAGGAACAGUUGCGUACUAUACAGGCUACGUUACCAGCAAGAGACGCUGAGAUUGAAGCUUUGCGUAAACAACUGCAAGAGAAAGCAAGACACAUAGAUGAUCUGAAAACUUCUGAACAGAUACUCACAACGCAGCAAGAGCAGUUGGAAAGGAUGAAUCUGGAAAACGAGCAAUUGAAGCAGCAAUUGCAAGCCACCAAGUCCGAUCUGAAUGAAACCAUAAUCAAUUUGGAGCAAAGCGAAGCGCUCGCUUUGAACUUAGAGCAAGCGGCGCAAGACAAGGCUGCACUGCAAAAGAGAUUGCAGGACUCUUUGCAGAAGGAAGAGGAACAGUUGCGCAAGGUUUGCAAUUUGGAAGAGUUAUUGAGACGUUUAGAGCGGAGCGUUACGAAACUGGAAGCGGAAAACGCCAGCCUUAAGCAAUCGGAUGAUGUAAAACCCGCAAUACGCAGGAGCAAGGAUGCAAGGAUCAGCGAAAGCAAAAGCGUGAAAAUUGUUCAUCGGCAAGAGGAAGUGGAAAAGCUGGAGCAGCAACUGCAAACGUUGAAGGAAGAAGUAACAGAAGCGAAGCAAACGACGAAACAAGCGCAAUUGGCCCUGUGGAAAAAGGAGAAGGAAUUAUCGGACGCUAACUUGGAUAAGCGCAUUGCUGUGCGAGAGGCUAAGAGGGCCGAGGAUAAAAGCAAGAUGCUGCAGGAAGAGAAGCAAAAGGUGCAAGAGAAAUUAGACAGCAAAGUGAAAGAGGAAGAAGAGAACUCGAAAAAAUUGUUGAAAGAAUUGGACAUUGCGAAAACAUCACUGAACGAUAUCACUAAAGAAUCGUCCAGAAACAAAAUGCAGGCCGAUUCGGCGCAAAGAGCGUUGACUCAAACUAAUCAUCAGAACGGAGAGCUUCAAUCCGUGAACGCAUCAUUACGCAGGGAGCUGGACGCGAUUCGCAAGCAAACGCGAUCGAAUCAGGAGCGCAUUGACUCUUUGAGUGCCGAGAACAGACGCUUAACGCAAAUAAUUGCUAAACAUAAUGAGGGGAAAACUGAAUUCGAGUCAAAUAUCGCGAAGCUAGAGCAAGAUAUCAAAGCUUACGAGUUGAAUAUGGAGCUGCUGAAGGAAACCUGUACAGUUCUGGAGGAACAACUGACCGACUAUGAGAGAUUAACGAGCGAUCAUGAAACACGCGAGAAUAUGCUGAUUCAGGAUAAAAUGAAAUUGCAGAAGGAACUGGAGGCUGCCGAAACAAAAAUCCGCGAAGCGCGUAUCGCGCAGAACGACGAGAAAACGCGGAGAUUGAUCGCCGAACGUAAUAUCGAGCAACUGGAAUCGGAGACGAGCGAUAUAGAGACUGAAAGGGAUAGCCUUAUCGCGCAAAGGGACCAGUAUAAACAACUCGCUCAAAAGUUCAGCACAAAAGUGGAGGAGUUGAGCACGAAAUGUGGCGAAAUGGAGAGUCAGCUCGUAGAGUUGGAGCGUGCGUUGGAAGCUGCUAAGGAGGACUCGAGGAUGGUGAAGGAGGAGAGCAGUGAAUACCUGACGCGAAUGCACGAAUUGAAGGAGGCGAAUUUCGGGCUUAUGGCCGAUUUCCAGAACAGCAUUGAUGAGAUCCAGAAACUAACAUUGAACAUAGAGGAAUUGAAAACGGAUAUGCAGCGGAUGCAGCAGUUCUACAAGGAGAAGGAGGUGCAGGCCGAGGGUACCCGGCAGCAACAGACUAAACUGAUCGAUUACCUGCAACUGAAGCUAGAGGAGUGCAGCAAGAAGAAGAAAACCGUUUGCGACAAGAUACUCGGUAUGAAGCAGAAGGAGAACGUGCCGCCCAUCAGCACAGGCAUGCCCGUCGGAUAUCGCGAGCUGGAAAAUCAACUUGAAAAGGAACGGGCGAAGGUAAAGGCACUGAUGGAACAGAUGUUAAUCCAGAAGGCUAAGACUAUGUCCGCGCCCGCGUCCCCCACGUCGCCGGAUGAUAAAAGAGCGAGAACCGUCACGGACAUCAGCAGCUCGUUAAGUAGACAACUAUCCCCACAAAGACUCGGGCAUAACAUCCGGCAUAGAUUCGGCGUUGGAUUGCCUAUGCGCGCUGGAAGGUGUGCGGUGUGUCCGAAUACUAUUCAGUUUGGCAGACACGCCGCAACGUGUAACGACUGCCAAAUUAUGACGCAUUUGGACUGUGCAGUAUCCGCGCCUGAACCUUGCGGUUCAUUCUCCAAAUAUUACAAGAGUCACAGGGACAGCGACGAAAGCAUAUCGUCGAUUGGAGAUAGCGUUCAGACACUGGCGAUAGAUCAGCCGGAUACGGAUUUACAGAAUGUUCGGUCUAAAGAGAGUGAAGUAUCCGCAGAGGGAUGGGUGAAGAUUCCUGGUAGAUCAAAGUCUUGUUGGGAGAGAAAAUAUUUGAGGCUGGAAGGAUCAUGCUUGUGCGUCUACGACCAUCAGCCGGCCGCAGGAAUGGCACCGAUCUCGCGUUUGAAUUUGGCGGAGAACAACGGAUUCAACGUUUCUGAGACGGUGCAGCAUCCCGACGUGCUAGGAACGGCAAACUCUGACGUACCGUUCAUCCUUAGAGUAGAAUCGAAUUCCGCGACGACUUGCUGGCCUACGUCUAGAUUAGAUAUAAUGGCAUUGAGCCAGACCGACAAGAAGAAUUGGAUGAAAGCUUUGAAAGCUUUCACUAGUCCAAGCUCGUAUAGUGCAAACAAAUACAAGAGAUAUGAAACUAUACUCAGACUGGAGAAACAUCAGUUGGAUUUGAACUGUGUUGUGGAUCUGGGUGUAAAGAAUGUGUUCUUACUCGGUGCGAAGGAGGGCUUGUUCUCAUAUUGCGCCUCCAAGUCGCGAAUGCUCACUACAAUACGCGGUAUCAAACAGAUACACCAACUCUCUUUACAUCCUUACUUGGAUCUGGCUUUGAUGAUAGUUGGAGAAUAUAGAGAAUUGGUGUAUUGCAAUUUGAGGCUACUGAGGAACAACGCGCUAGCCGCGGAGUGUUCUAGACCAGCGAUCAGUACGAAGAGCGUGUUGUCCGACUCUGAUAGUUGUCAUCUUUAUCAGUUGCAAGGCGAAAUAUUGUGCGCCGCGACUGCAUCUCAUGUGAUAUUACUAAAAUGGAAAAUUGGAGAAGACAGCGGAGAAUUUAUCAAGCUCCGCGAGCUCGAGACGGAAGAGCCUUGCAGUUGUGCCAUAUUUACUUCAAAUUCCCUCAUUGUAGGGUGUCAUAGAUUCUUCCAGAUCGAUCUGCAGACUUACAGCGUAAGUGAUUUCCCAGAGGAAGAUAAUUGCUCAGUUAAGGCGGCGUUAUCGGAUGCGGCUAAGCUUGGUAUCUUCCCCGUUUGUAUCUUGAAUAUCUCCAAUAUACGCGGAAUAGCGGAGCUUUUGUUGUGCUAUAACGAGUUCGGUGUGUUUGUGGACGAAAAUGGUAGAAGGACCCGCGCAGUUGAUCCAGUAUGGAAUCAUUUGCCGUUUGCUUUUGCAUUUUGCAAGCCGUACUUAUUUAUUAUACAUUUUACGUCUGUGGAGAUCAUAAAACUCGAUUCCGAAGCGUACAAUUCGCCAGAUAGGAAUCCUCAACGUACACUGAUCGAAUUAUCCAGUCCACGUUAUCUAGGCACAGCUUCGAAAGGAAUUUACGUGUCUGCUGUAAAUUGUUAUCUUGAGUUACUGAAUAUUGAGGGUUCUACCAUUAUGCCAUUGAACAGCAGUUUGACGAGUCUGGACACGUUAAAUCAAGAGGAUGAGAGUAGUUCAGAAUUCAGUUUCACAUCAAGCUUAAUGGAGACUUUAGACGGACAGGGGAAGAAAGUACACUUCGCUGGAGUACAGAAAUAUUGAAGUGGAUUUUGUAUACGAUUUUGUUACGUAUGACGUUUAAUUUAAUUUAAUUUAAUUUUCGUAUCACUUUUUUGUACCUAUCCGAAAUGAUAAAUUUAACAAAAUAAUAUUUAGCAUUGCAAUUAUAUAUAAUAAUGACAGCAAGAAUAUACAAUUCUGUUCUGUCCGAUAAGCGAAUAUAUUAGAAUCGUAUUUAAGUUAUAAGUAGUUCUGUAUUACAUAUCUUUACAUUCUACCUUGUGUGUGACAAUCUUGCCAUUAAUCCUCUGGGAGUUCUUUUCGGAUAUGUAUAAAUUAGACGCAUUAAUUAAUUGAUUCUUUGAUUCAUAAAUAAACUUAUAUUUACAUGAUACCAAUCAUUAAAUGUACUUAUUCAUUUAUUUAUUUGUAAAUGCGUUCAAAGAACGUCACUUCAGUUACAUAAAAACAUGUAACUCGAUGAGACAAUAAAAUAAGAAGAAAAAUAUUCGAUAAUAUGUUGAUAUUUUGUUGAUAUUUUGAUGAAUUUAAUUCAGCCUAAACGUUCAGAGGAUUAAAAUCACAUGAUACAUGAUCGCAUGACUACAAUUAGUAUUAAAAAACCAAAUUUCGAAAAUGUUUAUAAUAACAGGAAGAGCUUUAUUUUUUGUAUAUUUUAAUAAUUUUAAUUUCUGGAAAGUACAACUACGAAAGUAAAGGUAAUUUUUAUCUAUAAGUAAGAUUAAGUGUACUUAUAUAUCAUAUAAAUACUAUAUUUAAUAUAUAUUAUUAUAUUUAAGUGACUUUUAAUAGCAUGAAUGAUAUAACGAUUACGUUAUAAUAUAUUCUUUAUACA